UCUGUAAAAGAAUCCCAAAAACCCGAAGAGGAAAGUUACAAACGGAAGAGGUUGUGAAAGUCAUGAGAGGUAUUCUAAAUAAACUUACCCCAGAAAAGUUUAUGAGACUAGUUGAUACUGUGAAGACCUUACCCAUCAACACUACAGAAAGGCUUUCUGCUGUUAUUGACCUCAUUUUUGAAAAGGCUGUGGAUGAGCAGGGAUUUUCUUCAACGUAUGCUCAGAUGUGUCAGGUUCUUUCUCUGAUGUCUGUACGUGGCAAUGGUAACGAUUCUGGAAACUCUGGCAAGUCAGAAGUAAAGUUUAGGAACCUCAUCAUUAACAAGUGUCAGAAGGAAUUUGAAAAGGAUAAUACAGAUGAGCUUAGGGUUAGAAGGUACAAGGAAAUUGAUGCCUGUAAUGAUCCUGAAAAGAAACUGGAACUAAUUGCCAAAUAUGAGUAUGAUGAGACAAAGAUGAGAAAGAGAUCAGUAGGCAAUAUCAGAUUCAUUGGAGAGCUGUACAAGUUGCGCAUGUUGACUUCUCCAAUUAUGAUGCGGAUUAUAGGAACACUUUUAGAAAAGGGUGAUGAAGAAUCCUUAGAGUGCUUAUGUAAAUUGCUGUCUACUAUUGGCAAGAUAUUGGAAACUCAGUGUUGUCAGCAGGCAAAAGCUAUGGUUAGUAACUGUAAUAUUUUGUGUGUGACAUGUACAUGUGUGUAUGUAUAUAUGUAUGUAUAUUAUGUUUAUUAUAUAUAUUAUGUAUAUAUAUACAGGAAGGCCCCGCUUUACGGCGUUUCACUUUACGGCGUUCCGCUAAUACGGUCAUUUCAAAUUAUGACCAAAACUCGCUAUACAGCUCCCCCCACCUGACUUUCUAAUACGGUC